CAAAAUGGCGGCAGAAAAGUUUGUCCUCUUGUUCUUCCUGUACUUUUCUCAAGGACUUCCCUACGGAAUUCAAACCAAACUCAUCCCAAUAUUAUUACGAACUCGCUCAGUCUCACUAUCCAAAGUGGGGUUUUCUCGUUUUCUUAGCUUUCCAUGGCUUUUUAAGGUGUUUAUCGCCAAGUAUCUUGACUCGUCCUCUUCCAUUUGGUACUGGCUCACUAUGACAUUUGUUGGUAUGGCUGUUUGCUGUGGCGCUUCGGGUUUAUGCGGGACUCAUUUAACGCUUGUAGUUCUUGCUAGUGUGUUUGGGCUUAAUGUAAUGGCUGCCAGUCAAGAUAUUGCUGUUGAUACGAUGGCAAUUAGAAUACUUCAUUCGCGUGAGUUGGGUAAAGGAAAUAUUGCACAAGUAGUAGGAUAUAAAGUUGGAGCGUUGACUGGGGGAGGACUGCUAGUUUGGAUGUCUGCUUUUGCAAACUGGGAAGUACUGUUCAUCAUGGUAAGCUGUUUUUAUCUAUCGUGUGCAGUAUACUCAUACAAAAUGCAUUUGAAAGGGGAACCUUAUUCUUAUAUUAAUACUGUAACGAAGCAACAAACACAAAAUGAAACCCAGCACAAAAGUUAUGGACCUGAGAAUCGACGAAAAAACACUUUUCAGUUGUUCAAGUCUGUUGUUAAAACUAGAGGCUUUGUGUGGAUAGUUGCCUAUGUUUUUGUUUAUAAACUUGGUGAACAAGGAAUGGCAAGCAUGGUACCUUUAUUUUUAUUGGAUAAUGGUUUUUCUCCUGGUGAUGUUGGACUCUUGACUGGCAUAUUGGCUCAGUUUUUCUCUAUAUUUGGAUCUACGAUGGGUGGUUGGAUGGCAAGUGGAUGGAACACUAGAAGAGAUGAACUUAUAAGGCUUCUCAAAUGGAUUUCAAUAGCAAGGCUUAUUCCCAUGGUAACCCAUUGCCUAGCUGUGUCAACAAGCCAAUCAUCGACUGUUCUUCUUGUCUCAGAAUGUAUAUUGCAGCUAACUGGAGGAAUCAUUACCACUAUAACUUUUACUGUUAUGAUGCAGUUUUCCAAAGAUGUACACUCUAGUCUACAAGCCACUCAUUUCUCUAUGCUGGCUACUGUGGAAGUGUUGGGGAAGCUCACUAUGAUGUCUCUGUCAGGAGGUGUAGUUGACGUUAUGGGAUAUUCAUUAUAUUUCCUGCUGUGUUUUCUCCUGUCUCUUGGUGUUAUUCCCAUGUUUAUCUUCUGCGAUCCUGAUAUAAUGGUCACACGGACUUAAUGAAAAUCAAAGGACUUGUUCCACUGAAUUGUUUAAAUAUCAAGAAAAUUCUGUAUUCUAGUUAACGACUACUGUACAUUUCAAGGACCAACUUUGAAAUAUUCCUUUUAAUAAUAAUAAUAAUAAUAAUAACUUUAAGCAGCAGUAAGGGGGACUCGCGGUGACCAACCGCUCCCAAGCGGGCAAAAGCCGUGCUCACGUACGAGGGGCUCCAGCGGGAAAUACCMGUGUCCCAUUAUACGUUGCGCGGCGAUUUCCUUACUGCUGCUGUGUUAACAUAUUUGUUUUAUAUAUGCAUGAAUGUAAAGAAUUUUGCCUUAAUUUAUGUGUGGGGCCGCAAACGUAGUCUAAAAUAUUUCUUAGAUAU